GCCCCGGGCCGCCUGCGGCCGUGCCCUGUGCCCCCGCUGCCCCCGUUAGCACGGCUGCGCCCCGGUCCCCAGAGCACCGGCUGGGGCGAGGCCGUGCCCACGGGAGGCAACGAGGCCGAGCAGCGGGGCCGGGAGCCCGGUGCGGGUCUGGGUGCUGGGGAAAAGCAGCGGGGACACGGGAGGCCUCAGCAGCUGGGGCUGGCGGUGCCGCUGCUCGGAGGCACCUGGGAGCGGAGCUGGUGGAGGGGCUGUCCCCUGGUUUCCUGCCCAGCCUCGCGGGCAGCGGCUGCGCUCCGUCCCUCAACGUGCGAGCGGAGGUCCUGCGGCCACCUGGAGGAAGCCAGGGGUGAGGAACUGCCCGGAGCCCCGCGCGCCGUGGCCGGGUUCUCCUCUCCCCUCUCCGCCAGCAGCCACCAUGAGAAGACCCCCGGCACUCGGCUGCUGCCGUGCCGCCCUCGCGCCGUGCCCGGGGCGCUGUGCCCGCGGUGCCGGGCUGGCUCUCGCCCUCCUCGCCCUGCUGCUGCUGCUCCCGGCCGCGCAGCGGAGGCUGGGGCUCGAGCUCUCCAGGACCCCCACCCACCUGCAGGCGCCCAGAGCCCCUACGACAGAGGCCCCGGAGCUGGUGACACGGUCACCACGCCUGACUCCUGUCCCCAGCCUGCCACCAAGCCUCGGGGACACGUACGGGCGGGAUGAGACCUACCGCAGCUCGGAGUGCCCCAGCAGCAUCAGGAAGAGGAUCGCGGCCACCGAGUUCGGGGCCGCCUUCCUGGCGACCGUCCCGGUGCUGCAGUGGGCGCAGCACGCGCGGGAGGAGGAGUACCGGCGGCUCCGCAGAUACGCGGGGGCUCACGGCUGGAAGGACGUCAGCUGGGACGUCCUGAAGGCGUCCCUGUCCCUCCUCAACACGUCGGCCAGCGGGCUCCUCUUGGACAGCCGGCAGGCGUCGGCGCCCUGCGUGCGCUGCGCCGUGGUGGGCAACGGCGGCAUCCUCAACGGGUCCCGCAUGGGGCCCGCCAUCGACGCCCACCACCACGUCUUCAGGGUGAACGGGGCCAUCACGGCGGGCUUCGAGAGGGACGUCGGCAACAGGACGUCCUUCUACGUCUUCUCCACCAACACCAUGAUGAACUCGCUGAGCAGCUACGCGGCGGACGGCUUCAAGCACCCACCCCAGACUCCGGAGACGCGCUACGUCUUCCUCCCGGACCACGACCGCGACUACCUGCUGCUGCGGGCGGCCCUGACCCGCCAGCGCGUGGAUAGGGGCCGUGACAAGGGGGCCUGGCCCCAGGAUUACUUCGGUCAGGACCUGCGGGCCGAGAAGUUCAGGAUGCUCCACCCGGAUUUCAUCCGCUACCUCAGGAACCGGUUCCUCCGUGCUAACAUCUUGGCCACGCCGCUCUGGCCGCUGUACCGGCCCUCCACCGGCGCCGUGAUGCUCCUGGCCGCCAUCCACACCUGCGACGAGGUGAGCGCCUUCGGGUUCAUGACGCCGGGCUACCGGGCGUACUCGGACCACUACUUCGACCGCAGGCACAGGCAGGUGCAGUUCUUCGCCAACCACGACCUGAAGCUGGAGAUGCAGCUGUGGCAGCGGCUCCAGCGCAGCGGGCUCCUGUGCCUCUACACCGGCACGGAGGGGAUGUGACGCCCGCGGCCACCGUGAGCCGUGCCCGUGGUGAGCCGGGCCGGGAGCGCUGCUGGGACCUGAGUGAGAAUCUGAGAUGCCGGAGGAGGAAACCAUCCUCUGCCCUCCUGCGGGCUCCAAGAAGCCCGGGGAGAGCCCCUGGGGCAGGGCUGGGCCCAAGCAAGGCAUGCGAUGAGCCUUGCCCGGUCUGCCGGGGUAAAUUUUGGGGCAUCCUCCCCGUUUCCCCUCCUUGGUCCUGCUACUGCAGCCCUGGGAGCCCCUCACCUCUGCAGCUCCCGGUCCUCCCCACCCAGUCUCCGGUUCCCCCCGGCACAGGCACGGAGCUGCCCCCUGGCUCUGCCGGGGAGGGCGAAGCCCCCCAGGAGGACCUGGCGGGCCUGAGCCAGGAUCCGGCCAUGCCGUGGCUCUGUGGGGGGCUGCUCGGUGUGCACGGGGCUCACAGGGGAAUUGUUAUCGUGUCCUUAUAGUGUCAUCCACUGCUGGGGCAGCGUUGCUGCCUGGGGCUGGGGAUCAGGAGGUUCCUCUUGUCGCAGCCCUGCCCCCCCGGGGGGCUGUGCCGUGCCUCUGCCCCAGGGAGGGAUUUGCAGCAUCCCCUGCAGAGCCCCGGGCCCUGUUUGCUGCCACGGGCCCAGCACUCAGUGGGGAUGGCAGCCCCCAUCCCCCUUCCCCAUCUUGUGGCCACGGGUGGGCUCCCGUGCCCGGUCCCCUUGGUGCCCCACGUGCCCGCCCCGUGCCCGCAGCCCUCCCCGGUGGGCUCGGCCCCCAGCCCGUGCCCGGCCCUGCCCCUCCCCGGCAUCACGGAGGCUGGUUUCUAGGCCAGUGCCCGGUUCAGGCAUGAAUAAACCAGCGGCGUUGCAUAACC